UUCUGUUUGGUCAAACCGACCGAAGCAUGAGGUCUGCGGAUUGUCCACUUUUUUUUUGUAACGUAAGAGGAUACAAAAUGUCGUGUUAAGGGUGCUCAUAUUUGUGCCUGAUAUUUUCGGUGGCGUUAUAUGUGAGUUGGUGUGAGAACGGAAGCGCUUUGAGGCUCUGCGAGCAGCGGUAUUACCCAGUAUUACUCAGUAUUACUCGGCUCAGCCCCGACAAAGCUGCUAGCUGUGAUGUGAUGGUGGAACUGCCGUCGAGGGAAGUUAUAAACGACAUUAUCCUGGCUGAAUGGCCCCAACACAGGCCCGUCAGCGGUCAUUUAACCUGCAUGCUGCUCUUCUGAUAGCCAUUUGAGCUUCACGUCGGGGGAAAACCGCUAUAUCUUCUUGGCGGAAAUAACUCAUAAAGACACCUCAUCCACAGGAGAAAGAGAAAACAAAAAAAACAUGUCGUUCUUCAAUUUUCGGAAGAUCUUCAAGUUGGGACCGGAUAAAAAGAAGAAGCAGUAUGAGCAUGUACACAGAGACGUCAAUCCGGAGGAAAUCUGGGACAUUAUUGGAGAGCUGGGAGAUGGCGCUUUUGGCAAAGUGUACAAGGCCCAGAACAAGCAAAACGGGACCCUUGCAGCUGCUAAGGUUAUAGACACAAAAACAGAAGAUGAAUUGGAGGAUUACAUGGUGGAAAUUGACAUUCUUGCGUCCUGUGACCACCAUCACAUUGUCAAACUGCUGGAUGCCUUCUAUUAUGAAGCCAAACUUUGGAUUCUGAUUGAGUUCUGUGCUGGAGGAGCGGUUGAUGCCAUCAUGCUGGAACUGGAGCGACCUCUGACUGAGCCCCAGAUCAGAGUGGUGUGUAAGCAGACCCUGGAUGCUUUGAUUUACCUCCAUGAGGGCAAGAUCAUCCACAGAGACUUGAAAGCUGGGAACAUUCUCCUUUCCUUGGAGGGAGAUGUAAAACUUGCUGACUUUGGGGUGUCCGCUAAAAAUACCAAGACAUUACAGAGAAGAGAUUCUUUCAUCGGCACGCCAUAUUGGAUGGCUCCAGAGGUGGUGAUGUGCGAAACAUCCAAAGACCGCCCGUAUGACUAUAAGGCCGACAUCUGGUCCCUCGGGGUAACCCUGAUAGAACUAGCACAGAUCGAACCUCCCAACCACGAGAUGAAUCCCAUGAGAGUGCUACUGAAAAUAGCCAAGUCCGAGCCACCCACACUCAUGAAUCCCUCUCGCUGGUCACCAGAAUUCAGUGACUUCCUGCGAAAGGCGCUUGACAAAAAUGUGGACAAUAGGUGGAGUACGGCACAGCUUCUGCAGCAUCCUUUUGUCACCUCUGUAACUGACAGCAAACCCCUCAGAGAGCUCAUCGCUGAGGCCAAAGCUGAAGUCACAGAAGAGAUUGAGGAUAGUAAAGAAGAAGAGGAGGAGGAAGAACCUGACACACCUGUGACGGUUCCUGGGCACAAGCGUGUACCAUCAGAUGCCAGCGUGGCCAGCUCAGAGGAUGACAAAGUUCUGCCAACUCCCUCCACCCUUGAGUCCGUUACAGAAAAGAUGGAAGCUGAGCCCGUCGAGGACCGGACCAGCGACAAGCUCUCUGAUGAAGGACUUGGAACAAGUGAAGUAGAUAAGACUGAGGAGGAGAAACUCAAUGAGGUGUCCGAUGUCAGUAAUGAAGAACUGGUCUCUGGACUAAUAGAGACCAGCAAGGACCCAAUUCCACAAGAGUCUAACCAGCCAAAACCAGACGGGGAUCAAACUGAUAAGAUUCCUGGUGAAACUGGUGUUUCGGAGCCAGAAGAACUUAUAGAAACAGACAAUUCCCAAGUCACGGAUGGUGAAAAUCCAGAGAAUGCGCAGGAUAUGAAGGAAACAAAAAUGGAGGAUGAAGCUGUCCAAGUAACAGGGGAAGAAAAAGAGCCUGAGCAUUUCAAACAAGAGGAAAAUGAAGAAGCUGCUGCAGAUGAAUCUGUAGAGUCGCGCGAAAAACCUGAAGAUAUGCCAACAAAGACAGAAACCAUAUCCAAAAAAGAGUCUGAGGCAGAAGAAGAAAGCACAGAACCAGAUGAGAUGUCCCAACAGACAGCAAUAGAGGACAUGAUUGACACUGUUGAUAAGGUAGACACUGAAAACAGAGACUCUGUAGUUAUUGAUUCAAACAUAAAUGAAGAAAUUGACACAAAAUUAAGUCUGAAUGAUGCUUCUACUGAGGUUCUGUUGGAGAACAAGACUGUAGAAAGUCAGUCAGAGGAGAAGGCAAAGGACGAGGUCCCUCAACUACCUGAACAUGGCACCACAGAGGGGGUUGAGCUGCUAGAACAAGCACCGGGUGAAUCCAGUGGAGUCAGUGAUGAAGUCAAAGACAAAUCUGAGGUUUCAGAACAAAUGGUAGAAUCUAAAGAGGACUCUGUGAAGGACAACGGCGAGAAGGAAGUUCAAGUAGAUGAGAACACUUCCCAAGACGCCAUUUCUGUCCAAGAGAGUGAAACAGAUUCAGAAAUCAAGAUGGAGCACGGGAGCCCUGCUGUCAUCAAGUCAGACGUGGAGAAGGACUCUGACUCAGGAAGCAGCUCUGCUGCUGAUAGCAGCAGCCUCGACCUCAAUCUGUCCAUCUCCAGCUUCCUCUCCAAAAGCAAAGAAGGGGGCUCUGUGUCUCUGCAGGAGUCAAAACGUCAGAAAAAGACUCUGAAGAAGACACGCAAGUUCAUGGUAGAUGGCGUGGAGGUCAGUGUGACGACAUCAAAGAUUGUGACAGAUAAUGACACCAAGAAUGAAGAAAUGCGAUUCCUGAGGCGGCAGGAGUUGAGGGAGCUGCGUCUCCUUCAGAAAGAGGAGCAAAGGGCCCAGCAGCAGCUGAGCAACAAGCUGCAGCAGCAGAGAGAGCAGAUCUACCGGCGCUUUGAUCAGGAAACUACUGCGAAAAAGCGUCAAUAUGACCAAGAAGUGGAGAAUCUUGAGAAGAAACAGAAGCAGACCAUUGAGCGCCUGGAACAGGAUCACACCAGCCGGCUCCGAGAUGAAGCCAAGCGAAUCAAAGCGGAUCAAGAGAAGGAGCUCUCAAAGUUUCAAAACAUGCUGAAGAAUCGAAAGAAAGAGGUUAAACAGGAAGUUGGACAGUCACCCAAACACAUGAGAAACGACCUCAUGAAACGCUUAAAGGAGGACCUGUCGCUCCUCAAGACUGCUGAGGAGCAGGAGUUCCUACAAAAGCAGCAGCAAGACUUGGAUGGAGCUCUAAAGAAAAUCAUCCAGCAGCACAAAUUGGAGAUAGCCACCAUUGAGAAAGACUGCCUCAACCACAAACAGCAGUUAAUGAGAGCUCGGGAAGCCGCCAUGUGGGAGUUGGAGGAGCGCCACCUGCAGGAGAAGCACCAGCUGCUGAAGCAGCAGCUGAAAGACCAGUACUUCAUGCAGAGACACCAGCUGCUGAAGAGACAUGAGAAAGAAAUGGAGCAAAUGCAGCGUUACAACCAGCGCUUGAUAGAGGAGCUGAAGAACAAGCAGACUCAAGAGAGAGUCCGCCUGCCCAAGAUCCAACGCAGCGAUGCCAAGACUCGCAUGGCCAUGUUCAAGAAGAGCCUGCGCAUCACCGCCACAGCAUCUGUCACCCCUGAACAGGAGAGGGAACGGAUAAAACAGUUUGCUGUGCAAGAGGAAAAGAGGCAGAAGAAUGAGAGACUCCAUCAACACCAGAAACAUGAGAACCAGAUGAGAGAUCUGCAGCUGCAGUGUGACUCCAACAUCAGGGAGCUGCAGCAGCUGCAGAAUGAGAAAUGCCACCUUCUAAUCGAACAUGAGACCCAGAAGCUGAAGGAGCUGGAUGAGGAGCACAGCCAAGAGAUAAAGGAGUGGAGAGACAAGCUAAGACCAAGGAAGAAGGCUUUAGAGGAGGAGUUCACGCGCAAGCUCCAGGAGCAAGAGGUCUUCUUCAAGAUGAGUGGUGAAUCCGAAUGCCUUAAUCCCACCACCCAGAGUCGAGUAUCGAAAUUUUACCCCAUUCCAAACCUGCACAAUUCUGGUUUAUAGCCCCGUGUGUGUCUGUGCUACAAAACAGACUCCUGUCAAACUAGUCUGUGCUUACUGAUUAUUCUUGGUGGAGAGACGCAUAUAUAAAUAUAUAUUUUUUAUGUUACUUGUAAACAUGGAGAUUUCUUUACUGGUUUGGUUCCACCAUUAGUGAGCUUGAUGUGCCUACACACCGCUUCCUCACUUAAUCAAAUUUUUCUCAGCGUGCUGGGAAAUAUUUAAUGUGAUAUGCACUUUUUUGAGCAUGUUCAGAUUUGAAAGAUCUGCGGUUGGUAAAUGAGAUCAGUCACACUCGUCAAAUUAUUGUAAGCACAGCCUGCUGGCGGUUUAAGUGAUCUCCAGUGCCUCUUGUUUUUCAGCAUUUAGGCACGUCUGUUUUCUAGAGCUUGCAGCAAAAUGCUGAAUAUCCUGAAUGUUUGCUCCAAAAUAACUGGUUAUCAUUUUUGCUCAUGAUAUUGAGUUUUUUUGUUUGUUUUAUUUUUUACAUAAGCUUCAUGCCAUUUACUAAGAAUUAGUUUGGCUGCAUGUAAAGUAGAUCUUGUUGAAGGAAGAUGAAUCAAGAAAACAGACUGUAGUUCUCUGAGGCUGUGUUAUGUCUGUGUAGUCUUCUGUGCGCUUUGUCUCAUGUCGUUACAGGAGUCAAAAGAUGUCAUGAGGCUGUACUUUGAAAAUAAAAAGGAAUGUACUGUGUUGUGUGCUCCGUACAAAUGAAGUUUUAAUCAAAUGCUGUGCUUACCAAAAAGAUUUUACCGUCUUUGCAGACAUACAAACAAAACAUGUAUACAUUUGUUUAGGACAUAAAGUCGUCUGUCGUGUUCGGAUAAACUCAGAGGUGUUUGUCAAAUUUAAAAUUAAUUAUUUUACCUUCUCCAAGUUAUUUUGAAAAGCACGCUCGCAAGUGAGUGAUUUGUGUCGGAAAAAUAUGAAUCUUAAAAGAAUGUAGAGCUGUUGAUUUGCACUGUUUUGCCACAUGAAAGACAAAAUAUGCAGUAGGAAGCAUUGUCCUUUGCCUCACCCAGGCCUAUUCAAGCUCCAAAUUGAUAGAAUUAUUUAAAUACUUUUGCUUGCUUUUAAAAAAAAAUUACUUAUUUGACAUUUUUCUAACCAGCCCUCCUUGUUUUACAUCCCUGUCUAGUUUUCUAAGCUGUUAUUCGUGACAUAUUGAUACUGUAAAGGCUCCUCGUGGCGAGCUUGAGUCCAGUGCUGUAACUGAACUGAAGCAUCUGAGAAGGUGAAGACCUUGGCUGUUUUCUGCAACCUGGGAUUAGUUUCUCCAGCCACUGCAUCUCAUCAGUGCAUGCUAUAAAUUCUGUAUGCUGGUAUUAACACAGACUAGAAUGUUGUCAUGAAUCCUGGAUUUUUAUUGGAGUUAUAAGAGACUAUUAUGUGGAUUACACCAUUCAAUCCAGCGGUUAAAAAUUGUGUUAAUUUGCAGCAUUUUGAUGUCAUUCUACCGUAAUGAAUAUUCUUACUUAUAUGCAUUUUGGAUGUCAGAUCAAAUGUAUUUAAUGCAUAUUAACAAUUGGACAUUUUUUUUCAUGUAAAUAAAAUGUUGACUGUU